AUGAGUAAAAAUUUAUUAAAUAUUGAUUUUCCUUGCACAAUUGCUCUUGAUAUCAAGAUAGAGGGCAAAUUUCCUAUUAAAAUUGGAUCAGGCAGUGUAAUUCAUCCUAAAGUGCUUAUUGACAGUUCUUUUGGACCUGUUUUUAUUGGAAAAAAAUGCAUCAUUGAAGAAAAUUGUACAAUUAAAGCACCAGACGAACAAGGAAUCUGUAUUAAUGAUACAUGCAUCAUUGAAUUUCGAUCAUUUGUUGAAGUAUCUAGUAUAGGAUCUGGUACACGUAUUAGUGCUGGGUGUUUUUUAAGUACAGGUUGUCAUUUGGGUGAAGAUUGUAAAAUUAUGCCAAAAACACGUUUUGAAAAAAAAACGUCCUUACCUGAUGGAACAGUAGUAUAUGCAGAUGGACAACAAAGGAUUCUUGAUCACUGCCUAAGGGCGUCCAAAAGAACACUUAUUGAAAAACAUGCUGAAUAUUUAACAAAAUACUUAGGAAAAUACAACCAACUUUAUAUCCCUCAGAUUUAA